GAGACGUUUUAUUUUGCGAGGGAGAAUGUGCGUCCUCGAGUUUGUUGUGUCACCUUUCAUCCAAAUUUUCCUUGAUCUUUGAUUGUUUUCGAGUGAUAAGAAGCAGUGAUGAUGAGUAAUGUCAUUGAGAAUGUAUCCAGGGAGGAGCAGCUGUUGGACUCUAUUCGUCCUUCUGAUGGCGCAGUCCUUCGAAAUGAAAUGUCCUAUCUGUAUGGAAGAGAUCCCAGUAUUCUGGCUUAUAGUCAGCGUCCCGGGCCAUCAGCCCAGUGCAAAAAGAAUCUCUCCUCGGAUUACGAAAUCGAGGAGUCAAUGUCCACCGUUGGCGUCUCCCUGGGCUCUGAAUCCCUAUCUUUACAGACUGUCAAAGUCUAUUUGCGUCUGAAGCCCUUCCCGAGGAAAAUCAAGCUGUCGGAUGAGCAGGAAGCAGCUUAUGAGAUUGUAAAUUCUACCACUCUACUCACCAGGAUUCCCUGCCUAGACAGCACGACGAUUUCUCUAAAGAAAAAUUGCCAGGUUGACACUGUUUGCAGAAACUUCACAUUCACGGAGACUUUUGGACCUGAGACAUCGCAGUUGACGUUGUUCGAAAGAGUCAUUCAACCGCAGAUGGUGGAAUUUUUCGGUGGACAGAAUUGUAUUGCUAUGACCUAUGGUACAACAAACUCAGGCAAGUCCCACACCCUGCAAGGCUCGACCUCCUGUCCCGGAAUCAUCCCGAGAAGUCUAGAGUACGUUUUCUCCAACAUAAAUCCCAAGACAUCCCCCUGUUAUAAGCCACUUCACAAUUGUGACGUGAUAAGUCUUAAUGCGAGUGAACGUUUGGCUGAAAUCGACGCUAAAACCAAGAUAUUGUCAUCGAUAAUCGGUGAGAAGCACCAGUACAUCAACGCCUACAAACAAAUGCAGAAGCUCCUGGAGGAGGAAUCACCCCAGCGACCGAGUAAGGCCACAGAUGCCCAGUAUCUGGUGUGGGUCUCCUUCGCUGAGAUCUACAACGAAGUCAUCUACGAUUUACUGUCCAACGAGGCACAGAGACGUAGAACUCCCCUUAAGCUGGCCACUGACAGCCACGGGAGGGCAUUUAUAAAGGGUUUGAGGACAGUCUGUGUUAAUUCUGGAUCUGAGGCUUAUCAAGUACUGAUGGCUGGCCAGUGCAAUCUCAAAGUCGCUGCUACAGCUCUCAAUGCCAGAAGCUCCAGAUCUCACUGUAUUUUUACAAUAACAUUGCUCCAAUUUUAUAAUGAAAACAAACCAGAUUCUGUGGAAAUUAGCAGAUUCUCGUUCUGCGACUUGGCCGGAUCGGAGCGCCUGAAGAAGACACUGAACGUGGGUGAUCGUCUCCGGGAAGCCCAGAACAUAAAUACAAGCCUACUAGUCCUUGGUCGCUGUUUAAAAUCCAUCUAUGAGGGUCAGUUGGUGAAGCCCCGUCACGAUCACAUCGGCCCGUUCCGCGAAUCCAAGCUGACCCGCCUAUUCCAGCAGGCUCUCUCCGGCAAGGAGCCCCUGGCACUGAUUGUCAACGUGAAUCCCCUUCCAAAUCUCUACGAGGAGACUCAGAAUGUUCUGAACUUCGCAGCAAUAGCCAAGAAGAUAAUAAUCCAACCGAAAAAAGACAAAAGAAAAAAAUCACGAACACGAUUUUCCUUGGUGGUGGCUCAGAGUGCAAAGAUGGCGACCGAUUGGGACGACACAGAUCUGGAGAUGAUCACCGAACAGUCAUCAUUGGAAGCCGAUGAGUCCGACAGCCACGUCUCCUUCGUUCAAGAAGACUACGACGAGCUGCUGGCUGAGAACGAACGCCUGAAGCAUGAGAACGUUGCACUAAAGACCUGCAAUAUCAAACGAGACAUUCAGAUACGAGAGGAGAUGGCCAACUCGUACUCUGAGAUGAUGGAUAAAUUAGAGAGGGACUACAAGGCGAAGAUGCAGGACAUGGAGGACCAGCAGGAGGAUUUACUGGAAUGGCAGUUGUCUCGAUUAAGGGCCUACUACGAGAAGAAACUAGCUUGCAACAAACGAAAGAGAUCUGAUGAUGACGAGGAAGAUGAGGAUGAGGAGGAGAGUGUCAAAGAGCUGGAGGCACAAGUCUCGAAGUUGUCAUCUGAGGUAACGAACUUCAAGAGCACCAUCAAGGAGCUUCGCAGGGAUAAGGAGAGCCUCGAGGUAGAAAAGAACACUUUGGUGUACGAGGCAAGUAUCCUGAAGGACGAAUUGAAGAAUACGAAGGUUCUUCUGGCAUCGAUGGAAGCAGCUAUUUCCGAGGGUGAUGUCAAUGUCUUCGUUGCUGAGCUGCAGGAACAGCUAACUGCAGCUAGGGAGAAGAUAAAGUACCUGAAGGAUAUGCUCAAUAACGCCAAGAUCGAUCACAUAACCAUUGAGGAGGAUUAUCGAGCCGGGGAGGGGGCACUUGCUCAGCUGAAGACCAAGUAUGCUGAUCAGACUGAAAGGUGUCAAGAUCUGGAAAAAGAACUGGAGGAUGCCAAUACCCUGUUGAGGGUGGAGGUGCAGACAAAGGAGGAUCUCGAGAGUCAUCUAGAGAGGGAGAUUCAAUUGAGAAUCGAAGUCGAGGAACAACUGAAGAUGCUGAAGGGUUCGAUGCAGGGGGAGACGGAUAGCAUGAAGAGGUUUAUCAAACAGGAAAUGUUGACACCGACGACGGCAGACUCUCGUGAAGCGUCACAAAGUCGAGAGGUCUUCCUUGAAUUCAGAGAUAUUCCAAUAGAGAAUCACGAUCAAAGUACAUCGGUCGAGAAUCUCAAGAAGGAGAUUCAAUUGCUGGAGGAUGAGAGGAACUCUUUGAAUGAAAAAUUGAGCCAGAGCGCUGGUGAAGUUGCCUGCCUGAGGGAGGACUUGAAGUCGGCGAAGGAGAGACUCGACGAUAUCACCAUUCAGUUGACCGAGAUGAAGAUGUCUCGAAUGUCAAAUUUGGAAAUUAUCUAUGAUGAUGAUGAUGACAUAAAGGAAGGCAAUACACAUACUUGUUCGUCUGGGAUUAGCCAGGCCAUUCAAACCAGCUUCUCAGCACCUGUGAAUGAGCACAAGUCCCUGCAGACGACAUUGAAUGGAACUGAAGAGUUAAGUGCAGUCCAGAAUGAGCUCGAGAGCCUAAAGCAUGAGUACGAAAUGCUAAAAUCCCAGCAUGAAGAUCAGAUUGCAAGAAUUAAGGAGUUGACUGACGAAUUAUCCACUGCUAAGAAGAAUCUGGAUACUCGUAGGGUCGAUGAGGACAAGCAGGAGAGAAAGCUCAUUGAAGAGAUCCAGCAGUUGCAGGUUAAGCUAGAUGAGACAUUACAAGAGAAGGACAACCUCUCAAAAAUGGUCGAGGAGCUCCAGGAAGCCCGAAGAUUGCUUGAAAACAAAGUGGAGGAUAUGCAGAAGUCUGAGGAAGUUAGAGCUGAAGAAUCCAAGAAACUGAUGGCGGAUCUGAAUUCCUGCAAAUCUGAAUACGACUCCCAAGUGUCUAACCUCAAAGUGAAACUUGCAACACUGCAGACGAGCAACUCGGAGAACUCUCAAGCCCUGGAGGAGCGUGUAGAGAAGAUCCAGCAGCUGGAGGUAAAGCUCGAGCACAUGGGGCGUCUGGAGAAAGAGAUUUCUGAAGCUAAUGCUCUCGUACUGAAAUGCCGAUCAGAGAAGACUGAGCUGGAGGUUGAGUUCAAGACCAAUCAGGAUAGAAUUUCUCAGCUAAUGUCUCAAUUAAGGCAGCUAGAGCUGGCGGGUAAGGACAAGGAUGACGAGAUUGUGAGACUGCAGAAGGAGGUCAAGUUCCAUAUCACGAGAAUUCCCGAUGUCAGUGUUGAUAUUGAUCAGGAGAAGGCUCACAAGAGGGUCAUUCAGGAAUUGAGUGAGGCUAGAGAGUCUCGAGAUAAUUAUAAAAAGCUGAACGAAGAGCUAGAGACGAAAGUGAAAACAUUGGUGGAGAGUCGAAAUGAUAAUUAUGAACAGACGCAGAAUAUAAUAGCGACUCUUCAGCAGAAUAUUUUGGAACAAAAGGCGGAGAUCAAAGACCUGAAGACGACGAAUGCCAGUAUCAUAAGUAGCCUGGAUGAGAAUGAAAUGGCGAUGGAAAAUUUUAAGAAGAAUCGAGAUGAAACAAUAGCCAAAUAUGAGGUUUUGGUGAAAAAUCUUCAAGACGAGCUGGAGAGAGAGAAGAGGGAGGUGAUGAGGUUUCAGGAACUGUUCAGCAGGCAAGCACUGACGCCUCGUGAGAAGGAGGACAACUGCAUGAAGUUCAGGGCCCCCUCGGACGAUCGAGCUGCUUUGAAGCAGAAGGAGAACAAGUUCAGGGAUGAGAACACUUCUGACGAGGUGUCUCCCAAGUCAGCGAGCUCGAGACGACCACGAAGGGGGAGGAAAGCUGCUGUGCAGGAGACCUGUAAUGAUGAGAAUGAUAUUCCGGUGAUUGAACUGUCCGGCUCUGAGUCAAAGAGAACUACUAGGAAGACUGCUGCUCCCGUUCCUGUAUCUCUUAGUGAAAAACGACCAAGCAGGAGGAAGAAGUUAUUUAAUCCCGAUCAGAGCCUUGUGGAUAUUAGCACUACGGAGGUACCACCUUCUCCUGCCUCCACUCGUUCAAUGAGAACCCGGAGGAAAUGAUUCCACGAUCGUAUUUAUUGUUUUACAAAAUUUAUCCAAUGUGUUUUUAUAAUAUCAGUGGUAGUUUUAAGAAUCCUACGCAUCAUCAUUGUAAAGAUUGUUGUAAAAAGUUUUUCAUUUUUAUAUGUUCACUGUAACACGUACAUUAAUCAAAUAAAUCAUUAAGAUUUCAUACCUGAA